AUGAAACCAGACCAAGAUCUUUUUGGUAAAACGGUUUUCGUCACUGGUGGCUCUGGCGGGCUAGGAAAAGCGAUUUCCAACGCAGUUGCUUCACGGGGUGCACAUGUCACGAUAUUUGCGAGACGGCCCGGUCCUCUUAAGGAUGCAAAGAACGAGAUAAUCGGGAAUUGUGCGGACGCUAGUAAGCAAGAGAUAAAUGCGGUGGUUGUUGAUAUGGCCGAUGCCUCUGCAGUUUCAGAAGCAUUCAGAUCUCAGCCUCGAAUAGCAGAUUUUCUGUAUUGUUCAGCGGGCGGAAAUCACGCUGAGAACGGUUUUUUUAUUGAUCUAAAGCCCGCACAGCUCGAUUCUUGCAUGAAGAACAAUUAUUAUUCGACCGCUUAUGCUGCAAAGGCUAUGUUGGAUAUUUGGGUUGAGAAUGACAAGGUUCCGAUGGCCGUCAAUGGAACACAGCAAAAACUCUGCCUGAAUACCAGGAAGAUCAUCUUCAUAAACAGUGCUGCGGCGUUUUUGGGGUUGCCCGGGAGUGUCGCCUAUACCCCCGCAAAAAGUGCCGUUCGAGCACUAGCAGACACCCUCCGUUUCGAAGUCCUCCGCCACAACUCUCCAACUACCACUUACACGAUUCACAUCGCCUUCCCAGCUGACUUCAUCUCCCCCGGGUUCGUCCUUGAACAAGAUACCAAACCUGACCUCACCAAACGCAUACAAGGAACGAACGUACCCACCUUCUCAGAGCUAGAGAAGAAAUUCCCCUCCUCUGAAAAGGUCGCCCUUGGUAUUAUCGCGCGGGUGGACAAAGGUGAUUUCAUCAUCUGCGAGGAUUCGUUAGCUGCGAGUUUUUUGUUUACGAAUAUGACUGGGCUAAGUCCAAAGAGGGGGCUCGGGAUUGUGGAUUCGUUAAUGAGUGUUGUGAUGGGAUGGUUUGUUGUGCCAAUUCUGAGGAGGAAAUGGGAGAGCAUGUGUCGGGAAGAUAGCAGCCAUGAGUAA